GGCUUCAACAUUUGACAUUUUGCCUUUAACGUGUUUUUCCCAUUUACCCAUAUUCCCCGUGACCAUAUCGAAUUCACUCGCAAAGAAAGGAAACAUGAAAGCCGUCAUUCAACGCGUGCUCAGCGGCGCCGUGACCUCGGAAGGUGAGGUGGUCGGCUCCAUCCAGAAGGGAAUGGUCGUUCUCGUCGGGAUGGCGCGUGACGACACUGCGGAGGAUAUGGAGUACAUACACCGUAAAAUUGUCGGCGUUCGGCUGUGGAGCAAUGCUGAUGGUACCAAAAUGUGGUGCCGCAACGUGAGGGAAAUCGAUGGCAGCGUGCUGUUGGUUUCGCAGUUCACCUUGAUGCACGUCAUGAAGGGCAACAAACCUGAUUUCCACCACGCCAUGCCAUCAGAGGAAGCGCUCGUCAUGUGCAACACGCUGCGCGACAAGCUGCGCGCCGACCUCGGUGCUGAAAGGGUCGCAACUGGGAAGUUCCAGCAUUACAUGAACGUCCAGCUGGUCAACGAUGGCCCGGUCACUCUCGUAUUGGAUAGCCGCAACAAAGGGUGA